GUUGAAAAUACUUGAGAGCGGAGGUUGAGUCCAUUGAUUUUUUUGACGAUGUAACCCAUCUCUGUACGGAUACGGUGACAGUUUGAAUGAGAAACCCCUUCGUUUUGUGCAUAACCAUUGCAAGAAGGGCUUAUGUGCUCCUCGUCGCUUGAUUUCCGACUCGGGGUGCUCAGUGCUGUCGGGGUAGAGUCCGUUUCACUGCAUCAACAUGGGUGUGAUCGGUGUGCAGCUGGUGGUUACCAUGGUAAUGGCCAGUGUAAUUCAAAAAAUCAUACCUCAUUAUUCCUUCGCAAGAUGGCUUCUCUGCAGUGGCAGUCUGCGGUGGUAUCAGCACCCUACGGAAGAUGAGUUGAGGAGCUUAGCUGGGAAACAAAAAGGACAGAAGAGGAAAGACAGGAAAUACAAUGGUCACAUAGACAACAAGCCACUAACAGUCCCCAAGGAUAUAGACUUACAGCUGGAGACGAAAUGCAUCACAGAAGUCGAUACAUUAGCAUUGCACUACUUCCCAGAGUUCCAGUGGCUGGUGGAUUUCACAGUAGCGGCAACUGUGGUCUAUCUGAUAACAGAACUCUACUACAGUGUGGCUCAGCCCUCAGGAGAGAUGAACAUCAGUGUGGUCUGGUGCCUGCUUGUUCUCGCCUUUGUCAUUAAGACCCUUUUCUCUCUAACGGCCCACUACUUCAAGCUGGAGGAAGGAGGCGAGCGCUCACUUUGCAUUACUUUUGCUUUUUUCUUCUUUGUCAAAGCCAUGGCCAUUCUCAUCAUCACUGAAAACUACCUGGAGUUUGGUCUUGAGACCGGUUUUGCAAACUUCUCUGACAGCGCUCUACAGUUUCUGGAGCACCAGGGUUUGGAGUCCCAGGGUCCCAUAUCUAAACUCACCUUCAAGCUGAUCCUGGCUCUGCUCUGCUCUCUGAUUGGAGCAUUUCUAACUUUCCCUGGUCUACGAUUGGCCCAGAUGCACCUAGAUGCACUCAAUCUGACCACAGCCAAAUUUACACAGACUCUGCUUCAUAUCAACUUCCUGUCCCCCCUUAUCAUGGUCCUGCUGUGGGUGAAGCCCAUUACUAAGGACUACAUAAUGAACCCCACUCUGGGAAAGGAGAGUGUGCCUUUGAUGACUGAGCAGACGUACGAUACCUUGCGGUUAUGGGCCAUCAUGCUGAUGUGUAUGCUCCGGCUCGCUAUGAUGAGACAUCAUUUGCAGGCCUACCUCAACCUGGCCCAGAAGGGUGUGGACCAGAUGAAGAAAGAGGCAGGCCGGAUAAGUACCGUUGACCUGCAGAAAAUGGUUGCACGUGUUUUUUACUACUUGUGUGUAAUCGCACUACAGUAUGUGGCACCACUGGUGAUGCUGCUGCAUACAACAUUGCUGCUAAAAACCUUAGGUGGACACUCCUGGUGGGUCUAUCCUGAAGAAGAUCUGCCUUGCAUCCACGAAAUGAACUCUGACUCUGUGACGGGGGCGGCACCAGUAGCAGCCCCAACACCAGCCUCAGUGGUAGAAACGGGAGCCCGGGCAUCAGUAGCCCAGCUGUCCGUGGCCCUGGGAGGCCUGCGGACUGUCUUCAGCCCCUUGCUUUUCCGGGGCCUCUUCUCCUUCUUUACCUGGUGGAUUGCUGCCUGCCUCUUCUCCACCUCCCUCUUCGGCCUCUUCUACCAUCAGUAUCUCAUGGCGGCAUAGCAUCAGCAACCCAGCAGUGGCAGCCAGAACCCCACAGGGCUACUGUACGUUCAACCUGAUCAGAAGGGACUGACUGGGGGGCAACAGAGGCCUAUUGAUGACUCUGCUCCCACAACUCCUCCUUCCAUUCCUCCCUCCCUUUGACCACCUCUCAAUUACUGACCAUAUCAUCAGAGCUCCUAGUUCAACUUCCAGUGCUUCCUUCACAGAUGACUCUGUGAACUCGUCAUUGUUUUUACUACUACGACCACUACCUUUUAUUUGAAGAGCAAGAUUUAUAAACCUUAAUAACAGACUGAAGUACCAGAAUAUUAAUCAGUGUCAGUGGUGUAUUGGUAUAGUCAUGACAAAUUGUUCCAGUUUGCUGUAUGAAAUUUGAAUGAUAUGAGGUAAAAUACUGUAUCUCAGAUGCUGAUUACAAUUAAUUUUACAUGUUGAAACCUGGUGGGGCAGUUCUACUAAGUUACACCAUUUUUAAGGAAGCCAGUCUGAUUAAUGCUAAUAUGUGUUCACAUCAAAUCACAUGUAAUAAUUUUGAUCCAUCAGCAUCUUUAGAUUCAACAUUUCCUGAAGAAGUUCCCCAGUAAAAUUGUAUUGGCAAUGAAUUAUGAAAAAGCUGUAGUAACUCUGCAUGACUGGUUUUAGUUUUCUUGGUUAGUACUUAUGUGCGCCAGCUUAACAUGAAGAGUCAUGCAACCAUUUAUAUUUCAGUCUGUAUCACAGACUGUGAGGGUGCUGAUUUCCCUCAGCGACACAUUGUAAGGAAACUAUAUGUCACAGAAUAUUGUUGAAUCUGGAGAUGUUCAUGGAGGCUUAACUUAUUUUUUCCUUGUGUUUUCCUAGGUUUGUAGGGGAAACCGAUAACUGCCAUUCUUUGGCCCCAUGUUUGUCUUUUGAUCAAAACUUCAAAAGUUUGUGUGUUAAAACGAAAUUGCCUGUUUUUCUCAGAUGUCUAAAUUCCAUCGCCACGGACCACAAAAAAGCCUGAAAGAGUCUUAAAAUUUUGUCAGCGCAUUUCUGUUUGUUGGAGGAGGAGGAGGAGAAGGGAGGAGCAGCCUGUUGAUAUCCCCAGAAUGGGUGGAUGAUAUGAGCUGUCAGCUAACCAGGGUAUGAGAGUGGACGACGGCAGAAGAGCUGUACUUGCAGAGGAACGAGAGGACAUUGACUUGAAUCUGAUGUAUUUAAAUGUGUCUAAUCGAACUCGCCAUCAAGGACAAAACUUAGGUUUUUGAAUGAAAGGCGUUCCAAUAGAUUUGUGAUGUUUCAUUUAUAUUGUAACCUCCCUGGUUUUAACUGAGCCAUUUUAGAAGCUAUGAGAGAAUCUGAAGCUCCUUUUUUCUGUUUUUGAGCAGCAGUGAUGAUUCAAAGGGAGGACAGCACGUAGGGCUCAAUCAAGGUAUGUCCGUGUGUCUGUCUGCAUGUAUAGGAUCUCUGAUGUAGGUCAGCUGUAGUCUGAAAGGGCAUUGCGAUCAAGAAGACAUGAUGUCAGCUACUGUUGAUAAGCUACCGCCUUUAUGUCUGCUUGCUUUUUUUUUUUUUUUUUUUUUUUUUUUUUUUACUUUUACCCAUCCAUUGCUCUUAAACUCAUUUGAGAUCAAGCCUUUGUUUGUUUUCAUUCUUUUUCUAAUGGAUCAAAUUGUGGAUUUGUAAAAGUUUUGAUUUUUAAAAUGGUGCCAAGUAAAUCGGUUCCCCCCUGUCCCAGCAGCUGUAGAUCUGGUGUCUGCUAACGUUUGAAACUACGGCCGGGCUACAACUCUGCUGACUUCUGUUUUCUAUAGAUCCAUCUUGAUAAAGAGGGAAUCGCUAGUUCUGGUUCACAACAGGACGUAACGGUAUUUACAGUGUCUUCACAUACUGUAGUUCUUUGGUUGGUAAAUGUACGCACAAGCAGUCACUGUGCUAAUGACGCACUGGGCCAACGUGAUUGUCCAGCCUAUUCAGGAAUGUAGGGUUCGCUGCCAGAUUAAUUGCAUUCUUGUGGUUCUCUGGCAUUUCAUUUCAUUAUUACAUUUAAUAUAUCAUAGAGCUGUGAUUUAUAAAUUCCAGCUCUAUGAGUUUUGUACAAAACACAUUUUGCGAAGUCAAAGCAGCACCAUAUCACAUUUUUAAAGCUCCUGUUGUCGAAAGGUCAUAGCUUCAGUUUGUGUCCGUUUGAAAUGAUAGGGAAUAUGCACAUAAUGAAUGUAUCAAUCCUGCCUAAUUUCUAGAUUGUUUUCAUGAAAAUUAUUUAUAUAUGUUGAGUUUAUUUAACACCCCACGCCCACCCACACUUCCUGAACUCUUUACUACCAUCUGUUAAAUCUACCUGUCAAAACAAAAUCUAAUUUGUCCUAAUGACUAUUUUUAUCGAUUGAUUUAUCUUUGUUUUUGUAUUUAUUACACAUGUUGAGGCCUGUAAACAUUUCUAAUUUUAACAGUAUACACUUUAUUUUGUUGUUGGAGUGCAUGAUGGCUUAAAUCGGUUUUGAAAAUGUGUUUGACAAAUCAGUUACAGAUUAACCCUUUUUUUUUUCUUUUCUUUUUCUUUUUUCUUUUUUUGGGUCCGGUCAGUUAAGAAGUAGCUGGGAUACUUUCAGAAUUCAUUGGCCUGAUGAGGCAUUUCUUCUGUUUGUUACCACUGAAAGUGUUUAUUAUUCAUUGUUGGGUUCACGAAGUAAAUUACAGAUUGUUCUUUCAUGUAUUUAUUUCUGCUUUAGAUUUUGUCUUAAAUAAAUUAUGUUCUUUACUA